CACAAUUAUAUUAGCACUUCCGCCUUUGACAUCGGUCUACCGGAGGUGUUCAUCUAAGUUAAUCCCAACCAUUAUCUCUUUGUUAUUUCCCAGUUUACUGCAUUGGAUUGCCGGUUAAAUUAUUAAAUUGCGAGACGAACUCGUAGCUUUAUCUUUUGAAUAUUGAUUAUGGUGUAAUUUGGAGCACUUUCUUUCUCUCCGACAAAACCGCAGCAGGUGAGCGAGAGGGUCCGGCCAUGCUGACGUUGGCGAGCAAGCUGAAGAGGGAUGAUGUGCGGGCCGGUCGGGCCCCCGGGGGCCCCUCGGACUCCAGCCACCGCGUGUCCGUCCGAGAUCGCCUGCUAAUCAAAGAGGUUGCAGAAUUGGAAGCCAAUCUUCCCAGCACCUGCAAAGUCACAUUUCCAGAUGUGAACAAGUUGCACCACUUUCAGCUGGCUAUAAGUCCAGAUGAAGGCUACUAUCAGAGUGGAAAAUUUCAGUUUGAAAUCGACGUCCCCGACGCCUACAACAUGGUGCCUCCAAAAGUCAAAUGCCUGACCAGAAUAUGGCACCCCAACAUCGCCGAGACGGGGGAGAUCUGCCUGAGUUUAUUGCGAGAGCACUCGAUUGAUGGCACAGGCUGGGCACCAACACGGACGUUAAAGGAUGUCGUGUGGGGGCUGAACUCGUUGUUUACCGAUUUGCUGAAUUUCGACGACCCGUUGAACAUAGAUGCUGCGGAGCACCACUUGCGGGAUAAGGACUCUCAUGCAGCAGGAGCGAGCGGUGCAGGAAUGAAUAUGCGCUGGCUGUGGCCUUGUUAAACUACUGAAAAAAGACAUAAAGUGCCUUUUGGGAAGUGUGUGUGUGUGUGUGUGUGUGUGUGUGUGUGUGUGUGUGUGUGUGUGUUAUUGUAAAGUGGUGUGUUUGUAUUUCAUCUGAAUUUGGCUGUGUGAUAAGAGCCUGCAUGUUCUUUCUUCUGAGUAAGCUGUGGGUAUGUGUGUUACAGCAGACAUUUGCCCAGUGUUAUUGAUGAGAAAGCUGCUGUGUUUGUUUUUUAACCAGGGAGAAAAGCUUUUGUGUGCGUGUGUGAUUUUUCCAGACAGGUACAGGAGUCGGUCCAGAUGGGCUGUUUUUGAAAACUCUUUUAAUACCCUCUCACGAUCCCCUGUGCCCUCACUUCACCAGAUGGGGGACAUCAGAAGGCAUUGUAAUGCUCUAAAAUCCACUGUGAUUCUCUAUGUGUGUGUGUGUGUGUGUCUGCCAACUCUGCAUGAUUGUUUAUCAGCUGUUCUAAAAAACUCAAGUAGCCCUGUGUGUGUGUAUGUGUAUGAGAGAGAGAGAGAGAGAAUGACUGUGCCGCUGGCUCACCCAUAGCCGUGUCAGAUGGGGCUGAUGCGAUGUGAGGCCAGUCUUUUUCUGGUGUGAUGAGAUCUGACCUGAAUUUGUCUCACUCCAUCGCACUUAGAAAGGUGACUGGCAAAUUGGACCUCGUAACCCCCCCCCACACACACACACACUCACACAACACACACACACACACACACACACACACACACACACACACACACACAAAUGUGUUUGUAUGUGUGGGUGAGCGCGAGAGCUGUCUGAGAUUAAAGGUAGAAUGAUGGCGUGUCUUGCUGUUAUGUGUAUUUGUGUGUGCGUGGGAGAGAGAGAUAAAACAUUGAGAACAAGAGGUAUUGAUGGUGUGUGUGCACAUGUGUUUGCAUAUGUGGGCUUGGCCUGAGGAUGUGAGGCUUAGCGCUUAUUUGUGUGACUGUUGAAUUCAUGUGCUGCAAAACAACGUCCUUGUGCUCAUUUGUUGUUGGACAGGGGGCAUUUUACAUCUUCUGUGCAGGGCUUAAAGUAUUCCUGCACUGUACCGGAUCUCCGGUGUGUCGCGGCUGUGAGGAAGAUUUCCUCAGGAGAAAAAGUCGGGAAAUCAUUUUAGAUGAGGGUCAUCAUUUUCAUUGUUCGAGAUACCGCUCUGAGUUCACCUACCAAUGGCAAGCUCUCGCUUUCAACCUAACAAAUGCGUUUAGCCAAUCACAAGCAGAGUAGGGCGGGAAUUGCCUGCACGUUCUUGUAGAGAGAGAAGAGAAGAAGACAUCCAGCAGACAGCUGAAAGUGUCGCAGGGAGCGUGAAAGUAGCCUACUGAAAGGCAGCGGAGCGUACACUGCUUCGGUCACUCGCCUGAUAAUCAUUGAUGAUGUUGUGAAAUUAAGGAGCGUUAGAAAAUGAAAACAAAGAUUAUCUCGAUCAAGAUGUACAUGGUUGGCUACUAGUUAAUGUGGUGUCAACACACAUCCCCAGCUGAACAUUUUUCAGGCUCAGGAUUGUUUUUUCACUUUAAGCCCUGAGUCUGUGUGUGUGUGCGUGCCCAUUAGAGAGAGAGAAAGCGCUGAACGGAAAUGUAGAUUGGUCCCAGCACACCUCCAGAAAGGUUGGGAGG